AUGGCAUCAUCAACGUCGCAAGAAAACCCCGAUUUAUACAAUGUCAGCAACAUCGACGGUACGAAGCUAGACACGGUCGGUGUAUGCUGGGCUUUUACAGGCCUGGCCGCUAGUUUUCUCAUUACUCGAAUUAUUGCGAGGGUGAGGUGGGACAAAGAGAUGUUUGGCCAUGACUUCUGGUGCAUUGGAGGACUUAUUGCCAUGAACAGCAUUGAUGGGGAAGCUUUUCCAUAUGCUACUGCGCAGCAAUGGAGAGACGCCAAGUUCUGGCAGCUCUUGUCCCUCUGUGUAGGGGCUCUUUCCGCUUCGCUGCCUAAACUCGCCAUCGCAACCUUCCUUGUACGACUUUUGCGUCCUUCGAUCUGGAACCAGUGGUUCAUGUUGUGGAUGGCCAUCUGGUCUCUUCUGUCCCAGUCCACCUUGAGCAUCGCGAUGAUGUUCCAAUGCAUGCCUAUAGAAAGCUUUAUCAUCUAUACUGUCGUCAAAGCUCAGAUCGAGCAGUGGCACGGAGGCCUACGCAUUGGAGUCUUCUACGGCACGCAACAGCAUCCUACCCCCGCUAUCUCCAUCCUUACAGAAGCAAAACAGACAUUCACGCAAUGA